AUGAAAACUUUAACUUUAUAUUUAAAAAUUACUACAUUCUUUCUUUUAAUUUGGAUGUAUCAAUGUUUUUAUAACUGUGAUUGCAAUAAAUGUUUGAUUGAUAAAAAUAUAUUGCAAGCAAAAAAUAAGUUAAAAUAUGAAAGAGUAUUAACAGAGGGUGACAUACCAGGAAAAAAGCAAACUAACACUGAAGGAUGUCUAGAGGAAUGUCCAUUAGAUGAUAAAAAAAACAAGUGUAAAAAUCCGGAUCAAUGCGAGAAUCCGUGCGAUCGAUGGCAGAGAGUUAAUACUCCAUUAUUGUGGGAGCGAUUUUAUGGUGAAACAAGUGGAAUUGACCCUAAAUUGAAAAAAAAAAAAUGGAAUGUUGAAUGGAAUGAAAUUUCAGCUAACAAUGUUAAUCAUCUAUCUUCAAUAAUUUAUCGACGAGAUAUUCCAGAUGAAGAAAAAGGAAAAUUAAUUCUUAGUGUUAUGAAAGAACAGUUAAAAUUAAAGAAAUUAUUAGACGAAUAUGAGAAAGAGAUGAGAGAUAAUAAAACAGAAUCCGAAUCUAAGAAUGAGAUGAGAGACAAUAAAACAGAAUCAGAAUCUAAGAAAGAGAUGAGAGACAAUAAAAAAGAAUCUGAAUCUAUGAAUGAGAUGAGAGAAAGUAAAGCAGAAUCCGAAUCUAAAAAAAAGCAGGGAAAAAAUAAAAAAAAAAAUAAGAAAUUAAAUAUUUGGAAAUUUCUUUUUAAUAGGUUUGAUAACCUUUACGAGAAUAAAAAUUAA